GACCAUUGUUUUCCUUAGUGUACCUAUUUUGCUGGCCGGGAAGUAUGGUUGAAAGGGAAGCUACAGUGCUACGGUCAAGUGGAAGCACAGAAAUGUAAAAAUAUCACAUUCCCAGUUGAUUCCUAAUGAGCCGGGUUGCCCACUCACUUCGUUUGUGGCUUUCUCUUAGAAGCAGUAUCCGAUUUCAGGCAUUUUCCACACUUUAAGAGGAACUGCAUUGCACUAUUUGUACAUACAUGUACUUGCAUUGUCACCAAAGUGGGCUCCUCUUUUGAUUGCCAUAAUCGUAUUUUCUUUUCUUUCUCACUCAGUGCUCCUCGACUUCUUCAAGGAUAUCACAUGACCCUCGAUUAUGUGUGUUAACAAUUUAACUAGGUUUAAAGGAGAAUUUUCACCUUCUAGUGUUAUAAAUACAUGCAUACUCAUCGUCUACUACUUUCUUGAUAAACUAAAAUCUUAUAAAAGAAAUUUAUUUUUAAACAAACCAUUUCAUUCAUCAAUAAAUGUGUGUACUCAGCUUAUCAGCCAUUCAAAACAGAAUGGAAGAACAUAAAUCAUAGUUGUUUAUUGGGACAAUCAUGAUAAGAUUUUCAUUGAUUAAUGAUAAAGGCAUAUAAAAUGCUCCCAGCUCCGUGGGGGCAUUUCUAGUCUACGAAAAUGGCGGGACGACUACUAUUCCUUCUUUCUAUAGUGGGCCUUAGCUGUGCCUCUUCUCUGCCCCAGACGACUGUCCAUCCGAAGGAUCUCCCAAUUCAGCACGGAAAAUUUCAAGGUCGCAUCACCAAUGGAAAUGCAGCGACUGAGGGUCAGGUGCCCUACAUUGUGGGAGUGAGCUUAAAUGCCAAUGGAAACUGGUGGUGGUGUGGAGGCUCCAUAAUUGGAAAUACUUGGAUCCUUACAGCCGCCCACUGCACUGUCGAUGCCAACGAAGCCAUCCUCUACUAUGGAUCUACAAACUUUAACCAGCCGUCUCUGCGUCAUACUGUUGGCAGGGAAAACUUAAUUGUACAUCCCGAAUACCGUGGAGGGGACCAUGAUAUCUCUCUAAUUCGCACUCUUCAUGUGGAUUUCUACAGUUUGAUCAGCGAGAUAGAACUCCCUAGCAUGGAUGAUCGCUACAACUCCUUCGCCAACUCCAUGGCCCAGGCCUCGGGAUGGGGAGCCAUUUACGAUGGUAGCAAUGUAGUCGAGGAUCUGCGAGUUGUGGAGUUGAAGGUGAUUUCCGUGUCCGAAUGUCAGGCUUACUAUGGCAGUUCCAUCGCCACGGAUAACAUUCUGUGUGUGGAGACUCCAGAAGGAAAAUCCACAUGCCACGGCGACUCAGGAGGUCCCCUAGUUUCGGAGGAGACUGGAAAACUCAUCGGUGUUACCUCUUUUGUUUCCAGUUUUGGUUGCCAAGCAGGAGGUCCUGCUGGUUUCACUCGGGUGACCAAUUACCUGGAAUGGAUUAAAGAAGAGACAGGUAUUUACUAUUAAGCACCUAUCGAUAUAUAAAAAUGUAAAGCUUUGUUGUGACUUGUUUGUUUUAAAAAAGGACCUAUAUCGUGAGUAGUCAAAAAUAUACUCAAUAAAAAG